GAUGUGCGUCCGGAUUCUCCGAUUGCGAACGUAUUUAUCAAUGACUUCUGGGGUCACCGUCUCACAUCCAACAUCAGCCACAAAUCAUACAGACCGCUCACUGUUCUCACAUUCAGAUUAAACGAAUGGCUAGUUGGAGGACAAAAGCCUGCUGCUUUCCAUGUCACAAACGUGAGCCUGCACGCUUUGGUCUCCUUCCUGAUUCAUCAAAUCGUGAUCUCGCAUCUUUUCCUCGAUGACGACGACUCUCGUUGGGGCGUUUUCGCGUCCUUGCUGUUUGCUGUUCAUCCGGUUCACUCUGAAGCAGUUUCUGGACUAGUUGGGCGGGCGGAUCUACUGUGCUCUGCGUUUUAUCUCGUGUGCUUGUUUCUACAUGCCAAAUGGGCCCACUCCCAGAUUGGAACGAGGGAGUGGUGGGCAUUUGCUGCUGGGGUCAUGUUUUUCUCGACUGUUUCCAUGCUUUGCAAAGAGUACGGCAUCACUGUACUGUUGCUGUGUUUUGCCCUUGACUUGGUCGGCCUAACCUUGAAUGGAGGACGAAGUCAUGUUAAAAUGGACGCUGUCAAAGAGCGGCUGACGGUGUUGAGUUUCCUUUGCGUGUUCCUGCUUUAUCUGCGAUGGACUAUCAUGGGAUCAUCUCCCCCGAUUUUCCAACCGGAAGAUAACCCUGCUGCUUUUGCGGAUUCUCUGAUCACGCGAUUCCUGUCCAGAAAUUACUUGUUCGCCCUCAAUGCGUGGAUCAUGAUUUUGCCGGUCUGGUUGUGCUUUGACUGGUCUAUGGGAUGUGUGCCGUUGGUCUCUGAUUACAGGGACCCACGUGUUCUGGCUGUGUUUGUGUUUUGGGUCUUCCUCCUGGGCAUUGUCGGUCGAGGAAUGGUGGGAGCUUUUCCGCGAGUGUUCCAGGUUGAAGGCUCGAAAAAGGACAGAGAAGCUCAGCGCGAUGACGCAAGGUUGAUCCUGGUGGGUCUGGUGUGGCUUUUCAUUCCAUUCCUUCCAGCAGCGAAUAUAUUUUUUACCGUGGGAUUUGUGAUAGCGGAAAGAGUACUGUACUUGCCGUCUCUGGGAUACUGCAUAAUCCUCACCGUGGGGCUUCGUCGACUGGCCUUGCUCGUUGAAAAGUCUCGAGUUAUGCAGUUUUUUGUGAGAUCACUCGCUGUUAGUCUCCUGGUAAUUUUCGCUGCGAGAUGCGCUCGAAGAAACGGCGAUUGGUCCAACGAGAAAACCUUGUUCACAUCUGGAUUGUCCGUGUGUCCGAAUAAUGCGAAGGUUCAUUACAACGUUGCGAAGCACGCGGCGGAUUCCGGAAAUGCGGAAUUAGCGAUUGAGCAUUACCGCAAAGCACUCGGACUGAAUCCAGUGUAUGACCAGGCUAUGAACAAUCUGGCGAAUUUAUUGAAAGCCCGGGGGCAACUGGAAGAUGCCUUGGGACUUCUGGAGAACGCGACCGCUGUUAGACCGGAUUUUGCAGCUGCUUGGAUGAAUCUCGGGAUUGUUUUGGCGGAUUUGAAGCAGUACGAUCGAGCUAGGUUCGCCUAUGAACGCGCUUUGGAGCUUCGUCCCAGAUACCCGGACUGUUAUUAUAACUUCGGAAAUUUG